CCAGAACUGGCCAGACUUUUGGUACCAGCGUCCAGCCGCAACGCAUCGGAGCGACUGACAGUGACCAAGGCCCAGAAGCUUCUCGGUGGUGCCUUUGAAGUCUGAGCCAUUCUCUCGGACGCAUUACACCAUUUAUUUUACCAUCAGCCAUUCUGUCCUCACAUUUCACCUUGAUCUGUCAAGCCUAAAAUGCCCCCACCCCCCUUCUCUCGCAUUGCCCUUGCAGCCGCCUUGCUGGAGUAUGAUAAUGACCCUGAUGACCCCACCAAGCCUAAACGCUCUGCUCAGGAUAGUGCCAUCUUCUCUCACCUUCGGCGAUCUGGUCCCGUUCCAAAACCUGAGAGUGUUCUUGACUACGAUGACCUCCCGGAACCUAGAAGGAGCAAAGACUUUCUUAGAGUGCCUCUUCCAGGGGAUGAUGAUAGCUUAUUCUCGCCAAUGGAGUCCACAUUCGGCGUCCGCGCGUCAAUAGAUGGCCGACGUUCUCUGGACGUUCUUCGAGAGCAUGGCGAACAAUUCUUCCAAGCUGCAAGCAAAGAAGAUUCUGAAGAGUACGACUCGGAUGAUAGGGUUGAUCUAGGCUCGUGGGGUCUAGACUCGCUCAUUCCUCCGAAGCGCAAAACGAAGGACAAACCAGCGAAGCGUCCCGGCCCUAGUCGUGUUCGCCCCGCGUCCGAGUACCUAGAUAAUCUCCCUAACGCCCAAAGCCCUCAAAGAAUUUCAUACGCUCAAGACGCGUUCGAUGUCGCCGACGGGCCUUCCUCAUCUGCCGGACCCCGCGCACGUCCGACGCGUUCGCGAACAGCUAGUUUCAUGAAUGAUCUCGGAUUUUUGGGAAACGCGUCGAAAGAAGCAACUCAUGGGACUUUCCCGAUGACUGGAAGGCCACAAACAUCAUAUAUCCCCUCCGAGUUUGACGGUCGUGCUGGAAUACUUGGAGCGCGACCUCACUCCGUGAUGGACUCAAUAUCUGUGCCCUUUCCGACCUCUCGCCCUGCGACUCCUGGCCCUGACUUUAGAGCCGCCGAAGGAAUUGAGGAUUCGAAGUUUGCCAUUCCGCUUCCUCCUCCCGAGCGGUUGUCAAAAUUCGAUCCAAAAGCAGCGAGACGAACUCGAACUGAGUCCAUGGGAUCCUGGAUCUCAGAGCCAGGCCUUAGGGAAAACUUAGAAGAUCGAGCACGGACUGUCUCCAUGGGUUCCCGACCUUUACUUGGAGAUGGAAAUGAUCCAGGCGCGAUGGGGAGACCAGUUUCAGUGGCUCCUUCCCAGGUGACCGAACAUCGGCGAUUAUCGAGGAUGAAACUUUUGCGCCCCAAAGUGCUCAUCAUGCCUAGCCCCUUGCGUGAUCUGAACAAUGUCGAGGUUUCUUCCAAGCCCGACUCACGAGUUGGGGAAGGAUUCUUAGAAACUACUGGCGAUCGUCCAUUGCCAGCAGGUUUCCGUGAAUCAACCUUAGCUGCUCGUCCUGGUGUACGGCCGAAUACUGGGCCGGAGGCUCUAGGAAAACUUCCGACGUCCUCCCACUUGAUGCCCAACUCACGAAUGAGUCUAUCAGCCAGUCAGCUCAUGUUCCGAAAUUCGCUCAGGGUUGAUGGAAACUAUCUGGAGGAUGAACAGCGGCUGAGUAGAGCCCAAUUCGAUGGAGAAAAGAUCGAGAUGUACAAUGAAGAUCCAGAUCAAAUUGAGGCUGCCUACCGAGAGUUGCAGCAUCCGACUGGAAAACUGCUUGGGCACAAUUUGAUGGACGCUCUUGCUGCUCGAAAGGACGAAAUUAAAGGAAAGAAACGUGUAUUUACAGGAGAUGGUCGCUUCUCUAUGAUGGAAAGAAGUCUGAGCACUCGUAAUACUUUAAUCGAUGCCGCAACAUUCGAUCAACCGCAGGUCGCUGUGGUUGACAGCGAAGGCAGACCAAUCAAGCCAGAAGCUCGCAAGGUCUCGGAUGGUGACCGCCGGAAGUCCGCGGCGCCCUUGGUUGAUCUUAAAGGGGUUGGCUCUGGGCCGCGAUCACGAACGGUCAUAAGUAAAUCCCGAACAUCAGUGUUUGGAGUGGACACCGUUUGGGAGAGGGAAAUGUCCCGGCUGCGGGAGCUGGAAGAAGUAGAAAAGGGGGCUAUAGAGCAACGGUACAUAGAAGGGGAGAGUAAAGCGGCAAAGAAAACAAAACUCAAAGGGAGGAGCGCGGGCCCCAGCAACAUUCCCACCAGUCCCGGCGAAGAGAUCGCAUCAGAGAUGCCACAGGGUGAUUCGAACAUGCUGAUGCCACCUCCUACUUUACCCGAAGUCUCGUUGGUCACCUCGAGAGCUCGCCCCAGGAAACCCAAAGUCCCGAGUAGCGAGAGUGAUGACGAGGAGGAGCAUGGCGCUGUUGAGCGUCGCAGAGUAAGCACUGCAACUUUGGGUGUCAAAGGAUGGUUUGCAGGAUCUUCCGAUGACGAAGACGAUAGGCGUCCCUUCAGUAGGAAUACAGGUCGCUUCGGUACACCCCCUAGCUCGCAAGCUCCUCGGCUUCCCCCUGUCACAGGCGAUUCCGAAGACGAAGAUGUCCCAUUGUCACAAAUCAAACCUACCGCAACAGUACUCUCACGAAACGACUCAGACGAAGAUGAGCCCUUGGUACAAACCAGAUCACGUUUGAGUGUGACUCCUACAACAUUGCUCAACUUCCCUGAACCCAAACCUACUCCAACUCUUCCAACUCUAUCUAAUCCCGAACCGACACCGGCGGAUGAAGAAGAUGAAGAUGACAACAUUCCACUUGGUCUGCGGGUGUCUGCUAAUACCCGAUCUUCACAGCAACCUCCUGCCAAUGCUGGCGGCGAUGACGAUGAGGACGAGACACCUUUGGGACUUCGUUAUGGCACUGACACCUCACCAAAUGCCGAGCAACAACGUCAACAACAACAGAUGUCGAUGUUGCUUGUGCAACAGCAGCAGCAGCAACAGGCACAGCAGCAAAUGUACCUACAGCACAUUGCACGACAAUCUCUGGCUGGUUUUUCAACAAUGACUGGGACUGGGAUGAUGCCAGCGGGGGGAUUUCCAACGUUUGGUCCUCCUUCAAUCGGCAUGUUCGGGGUCGCUUCGCCAGUCAUACCUAAUCCUCCUGUGAUGCCGGUAGUGAAUCAUGCAGAUUCUGCCAAGAUUGGUAGAGUUGAUGCCUGGCGAAAGGGUGUUGCUGCAGAGCCUUAGGUCCUACAUCCCAGCUUCUUCAUUUUUGGCCUUUUUUGUAUUUCGAAUCAUAAUAUACGUUGCUCCAGGUCGUGUUUAUCCUAAUUAUCCAGGGGCCAUGCACAGCAAUCAAAUUACUGAAUUAUUAACGAACACAUCAUAAUCGUAAAAAGUC